UCGAAUUCAUUGCUUUUCUCGACCGAAAAAGCUAUUGGAGAAGCUCCAGUUGUGACUGUCCCAACAUCACGGCCACUACCAUUAUCUCCGGUCUGGAGAGGUGGCAUGAGCUUGAUUGUUUAUCCAACCACUUUUGGAAGGUUGGCAUUAAGUUUUCCCUCUCUAGGUGGGACCGCCACUUGCCACGACUCCCCUAUACAGGAAAUUGCGCAGGCAAAGGAAUGGAAUGUGUGCACUAGAAAACUGGCUAAUCAAAGUCAUGGCGUGUUCAUGGACUUGCAGGAAGUUGGUGUAGGAGUAGGACAACAGCAGAGUUUAGUGAAAUUGAGUCGAAGCUACCGAGCAAUCAUUCACGCUUGCGUGCUAGAUCUAAACAAUGCUGCAGAUCGUGCUGACGACAGUUUAGUAUCCAACUACCAAGAACAGUGUCAGUUGUUUGAAAUGACAGAGUUGAUGUGGCAUCUGUCAGAGAUCCUAUUCAUCGAGUGUGCUCCAGCAAGCAGUGUUCUUCCAUGUCUUCUUGAAUGGGUAAGAUGGCAUAACCCAAGGGUGACUGAAUUGGCUUAUGAGAUUACUAAUCAUCCUGCACCAGGCAGGCAUCCUGAGUAUUGGGAUGUGAUCAAAUUGUUGAUUCUUCAUGGAAAGCCACAGGAAGCAAGAAACCUGCUCAUGCAGCAUCCUGCUAGAAGACACGGAAUUCAUGAUGGUUUUUCUAUUCUGGAUGAAUUGCUGCGAAAGAUGCCUUUACAGUCUUACGGUAAUCAUUCUGUGAGUGAGUUUACACUGCAGUGGCAACAUUGGCGAGAAGAGUGUUUGUUGAGACUGCAUGAUGGAACCUUUAAUACCAAUACCAAUCUUGAACAUAUUGCCAAGUUGCUGUGUGGGGACAGAGAGGCUUUCAUUGAAGCAAAGCAUUUGUGUGGCUCAUGGUAUUUUUUGAUGGUGUCUCGCCUUUUAUUUUCUGAUCCAGCAAUUCAAGCCAUUAAUCUACAUAUGAAUGCUCAGCCAAGUAUUUUAUUGAUGGAUGAUAAUGAUGCUCAUUGGACCAAACUGGACGACAUUCUACUUGCUAUGUUGAAGUAUGAUAUUCCACAAGUCAUUUCUCUGAUAAGUUCAGUAUUUGGAAACUGGUGGUUUGUUGCACAUCUUGCAGACCUUCUUCAUCAUGCUGGUCAACUAGAAUCGCACCAACUGGAGUAUGGUUCCAGUAUGAGAGAAUUUUUAUUGUUGGAGUAUGGUUCUAGUCUCAUGAGUCAUACAAGUUUGUGGCAACUUGGAGUAGAUUACUUUCUCCAAUGUUCGGUGUAUGGCAAGCAAUAUUUGGAAACAUACCUCGAUCGAAUAGCACCAGAUAGUGAUAUGAAAGCCAUCAAAGUUCUCAGACUUUGCAACAAGUCAGGCCUCACAGAACUGGGCUGCAGUAUUUGCAAGAAAAUGGCAAUGAAAGCAAAGCAAAGUGAUCGUUUAGGUUCUUCUCUCAAUUGGGCAAUUCGCUCAAAAAAUGCAUCAUUUGCUUCUAUCAUUGCUAACAAAUUCUUGUCGCAGUAUGCUGAAAGUGGCAGUUUUCCCUGUUUGGAUGUGGUUGAUCAUCUAAACCCAGCUAUGCUAAUAAAUGAUCAGAUAAUUUUUCUUGCCAAGUACCGGGAAUUUCAUCGGCUAUACUCAUAUUCAAGAUUGAAAGAAGCAGCCUGUCUGCUAGUUAACCUUCUGACGUCCAGACUUGCGCCUAAAGAAUACUGGUUCAUGCUACUGAUUGAUUGCUUACCAUUGUUGGAACUUGAUGAGGUGGUUUUUGCUACUGAUCAAACAUACGAGUUAUUGCAGUGUCUUGAAGAGAUCGAGGGAUUACGUGAAUUGGAUGGUAAAGGUGGCGAAGAUGAUAUUGAUACUGCUCAUACUGAAAAGGUGCAACUUGUACGAAUAGGUCUUGCAACAAACCUGGCUCGAGCAUCUUUGGAUGAUGAUACAGAUCGAUAGAUCAAUGUAAGCAAUAUCCUUGGAGAUACUGUUCAUACUGUAUGGCAACUCUUAGGUAAAGGUGCUGUUAACUUGUGCUAAGCUUUACUAUGGUGUACAGUACUACAAUCAUCAGAACGUAUCAUUGUAAUAAUUUUCAGUGAAACGCAGUACGACUGUAGCUGCUGAAAUUUUAUUGGCUUGCCAAAAAACACUGUAAUUUUUGUUUUCUUCUCUUGGCAAGAGUGUUUUGGCUGUAAACUGUGUUGUUGUGCCAGAAGGCGUUUCUAGUUAGUAGAGACUGCGUACGUAGCAUAUGUACUGUAUGACGAAAUUUGCGGAAGGACGUAAUUAUUGAAGAUCCGCAGUAGAUUUGACCGUAGCAGUCGAUCAACGA